AAAGAGAUGUCCAUUUUAUAAAAUUUAAUAUAAUUUUAUUGGUGGCGCUGAUGAUAGUUGCCUACUGAUAAACUAACCUAAUAUGUUCCUUUGUCCUCGAUAGUGAAGCUUGAAUCGAAUUAACAACAAUGGCCGUUGUGGUUGGCUGUCAGUGUAAAACUUUCGUAGAUUAUGUAUCGAAUGACAGUUUUUUGCCGAUUCAAAAUUUCUGUUGUUAUAUCACACUGAUCAAUUUGUAAAUAGAUAAAUUCAAUAGAAUCGGUGACAGAUGAUGAUUUUUUAAUAUACUCAAGUUUCGCGGUAUCAACUAGUUAUCAUCAAUGACCAGCUGACAAUGUUUUUCAAUUAAUAUAAUUCAGUGAGAUACUCGUGGUUAUUCGAAGAUGUUUAAAACAGAAGAAUCCUCACGAGGUAGCUUCCUUCAGCAAACAAAAGCCGCGAGAGAAGAAAGAGCUCACGAGAAAGAUAGGGAAGCUGCUGUCAUUGUUAUUCAAGCGUAUGUUAGAGGAUGGUUGGCUCGUAUCAGAUUUACCAAAAAGAUUCUAGAGGAAUUCGAUAUCAAUUUUCCUGAUGAUUGUACAAAGCUGGAUGCAAACAUAGAGUUGCAGCUUGCGUUGCAUAUAUACAGGGUUACUUCUAGAUUUUUGAUUAUUUAUAAGAAGGAAAGGGAUCAAGAAAGAAUAGAAAAAUUGUGUAGAUACCUUGUGCAAACUCUUCAAUCAGAGUCCCCAAAGUUCUCAUAUGUAGGUGUGGCUCUUAACAAGGAUCACUACAUAUCAUGGAUAUUGCAAAUGAAAACAAUUUUAAAUCAUUGUCUCAUUGGCUUGGACAGCCUUAAACCUGAAAUAAGUUCUGACCAUACGUCCAUCCUAUUGAGAUUAUACACAUUAGUUAGUUUUACAUCACCAGCAUCAUGGGCAAUAUUAAAGGUAGAGAGCAUGGAAAAACUUAGAACUGGUAUGAGCCAAUUAUGUGCAAACAUAAUGGGGCACCUUGUUAAUAAUGGCUUUUACGCUAUUAUGCAGACAUUACUAGUAAAAGGAUUAGGUAGAGCUGAAGUUUCAUCGAUAUCAGUUGCACUCUCUGCAGCUGUGACGUUAACUUUAAGACCAUUGAUAUCCUCUCAAAUGUCAGAUAAACUAGUAUCAUUAUUUUUAAUUAAUAUUUUUAGUGUCCCUGCUUUGGUUUAUCACUUGAACAUGUUAUGUCCGGAGUGCAUUUCAUCCUUUAUUAUGCACAAUUUAUUUGCAAGAAGUUUGGAACUGUUAAAUUCAGAACAAAAUUUGAGGAUAGUUUUUAAUGCACUGGAGGGUAGUUAUGCACUUUGUUUAUUAUCAAAUUUGAUACAGUUAGCAAAUAUUGAAAGAGAAGAAGUCCUGAGGGAUUCAUAUUUUCCUUCAUUCACGUUUGUUGUUACAAAAAUGCUGGAGGCCUGUCAACAGUAUGUAGUGGCCAAACAAAGUAACAUAACUCAUUGGCAUCCAAUUCUUGGUUGGUUUGCACAAUCAGUGGAUACUCCUUUACAAGAAGCUAUUCCUUAUGUGACAUCACAAUUAGUUUGCCUAUGGACUGGUAGAAUUGUUUUACAAUUAAUUGGUCAACCAUUAACCGAACUCGUUGGUAAAGAAUCACCACCACAAUUGGAACAACAAAGUACAUCUAUAAGUACUAAUAUUUUCCGUCGGGCAUUUUUGGAAGCACGCACAAAUAGAAAUAAUAGCAAUAAAAAUUAUAGAAAAUUAGGAAGUCCCGAAUGUACCAAAAUUGCCCUAAUCUGUUCUAUGUACCAAACUGCUCUUCAUACUCUUACACAAAUGAAGCAGGAUAUAUUAACGGGACUUUGUUAUCAAGACAAAAUUUUGUAUCAUAUGUGGUUGUUUUUGGGAACAUUAGGACCACACUGUGGUUUAAAAGCAUUUUUAGAUCACUUAGCGGCAAAUACAAAAUGUACAGCACCAGAAUUUCAAAUGUUGAUAUUGUUUUGCGAUUGUAUGACACAUUAUGUUACUAUAUUAGAUGACAUGGAGAUGUACGAACAGCAAGAUCCCUUUAAAUUAUCGGAUUUUAUAACAAUGUCAUUUUUUUUGAAUCAAUUUUUGUACAAAGCCGUUCUUAAUAAUCUAUUCGAUGUUACAGAUGUGAAAACAGUAUCUAACAAUCCGUUAUUUACAUCACUACAUACACUUUUAAUGGCGAUUUAUCGUCGGGAUUGUAGAAGGCCUUUUUGUCCGGAAGGACAUUGGUUGGCGAAGGAAGUACGAGUAUCUGGUUUCUUAGCUGAUUUAGAAAAGAGAAGAGGUGGUGCAGCACUUUUGUUAUCAAAAAUGCCGCAUGUCAUACCGCAUUCCGAAAGGGUGGUAUUAUUUCGAAAGCAUGUUGCCAACGAAAAAGCUGUUAUGGGUUUAACAGAAAGUGCUUGUAACAGUCCACCAACUACAUUAAUAGUUGUUCACAGAACGCGUAUAGUAGAGGAUGGUUAUCGGCAAUUAGCUAUGUUACCUCCUCAAGCAUUGAAAGGUGUAAUCAGAGUACGGUUCGUGAACGAACAAGGUUUAGCAGAAGCUGGAAUAGAUCAGGAUGGUGUAUUCAAAGAAUUUUUAGAAGAAACGAUAAAAAGAGUUUUCGAUCCGUCAUUAAAUUUGUUCAAAGCUACAAGUGAAAAUCGUCUUUAUCCUUCUCCAACUUCCUCAAUGCAGGACAAUCAUUUACAAUUAUUCGAAUUCGUUGGACGGAUGUUAGGGAAGGCAGUUUACGAGGGAAUCGUUGUGGAUGUACCAUUUGCGUCAUUUUUUGUUUCACAAUUUUCUGGACAAGCAGGAGGAACUUUAUAUAAUUGUUUGGACGAGCUUGCUUCGUUGGAUCGAGAUCUUUAUCGUAGUUUAACAUUGGUUAAACAUUACAAAGGCGAUGUUAGACAAUUAGAAUUAACAUUCUCAUUAGACGAGGAUGUUAUGGGAAAAUUAGUAACCCACGAAUUGAUACCUGGUGGACGUGCCGAGGCAGUUACUAAUCAAAAUAAAAUUCGUUAUAUACAUAGAAUGGCACAUUUUAGAAUGCAUACUCAAAUAAAGGAACAAACAGCAGCUUUUAUAAAAGGAUUUUGUUCUAUAAUCAAUCCCGAUUGGUUAUCAUUAUUUUCAACACCAGAACUACAAAGAUUAAUUUCGGGCGAUAACGUCCCGUUGGAUCUACGUGAUCUACGUAGGCACACGCAAUACUAUGGUGGUUUUCACGACAGUCAUAGAGUAGUAUGUUGGUUAUGGGACAUCCUCGAGAAAGACUUUACCGAGGAAGAAAGAGGGUUGUUUUUGAAGUUCGUCACAAGCUGUUCGAAAUCACCCUUGCUUGGAUUCGCUCAUCUGGAACCAAGAUUUUCAAUACGUUGCGUUGAAGUUGGCGAUGACGAGGAUACAGGUGAUACAAUUGGCAGUGUGAUACGUGGAUUCUUUACGAUACGUAAAAAGGAUCCUCAAAUUCGAUUGCCUACCUCCUCUACGUGUUUCAAUUUAUUGAAACUACCAAAUUACCAGAAAAAGAGUACGCUUCGUGAGAAGUUACGUUAUGCUGUGACCAGUAAUACAGGUUUCGAGCUUUCUUAAUCUAUGAGCUGUUGAUGGAAUGAAAGCAGCACAAUCAGGGAACUAUAACUCGAAACGCAGAGCGAAAAUCGAAAGUGAUCGAGCGGUGCCUAACUGAUAUACCCCGUGUUUCAAUAUAUGACAUGACCUAUAUAAAAGAGGAUACAUAUAUAUAUAUAUAUAUAUAUAUAUAUAUAUAUAUAUAUAUCGAAAUGAACGAAAAUGUACAGUAAACAUACAUAGGUAAUUAAGCCUAAUAAGUUGUAAGAGUGGUAAUUUCUAUAGUAUAAUUAUUUGCACAAAUUUCGUAUGAUAUUAGAAGAAAAUGAAGGAAUGAAGAUUUUUAAAAUAUUUUCCUCCUUUUUUUUUUUUUGCCAAUUACAUAAAUCUUUCCAUAUUGAUAAGUAAUGUAACAGAGAGUAUAUAGAGCCGAACAUAAAUGUGCAUAUAUUCUCUCGUGUUGUUCCUUUAUAUAUAUGUAUAUAUACACGCAUACAUAUACACAUAUAUAUAUAUAUAUAUAUACACAUAUAAUUAGCAUUAUGCGAUAUUUAGUUAAGUAAUUAUUAUAAUUACUAUAUGUUUUUAUAAUCAAUCUAUUGCGUUUCAUCGAUUGUAAUCAAUGGAAAAUUAUGCGAUUUAUAGAACGAUUUAUGUAUACCUUAUAUGAGCUUAUAAAUUAUUAAUCGUUCGCUUUUUAGUCGAUAGUAGUAAAAUAAUAGAAUUAUUAUGGAAAUGUUUUACUUAUUUGUAUACAUUAAAUGUUAAAUCAUUUUGCCAAAACAGAAUCAUUGAUGCCGAGUGAAAAAAGAAGAUAUACACUAUAUGAACAAUUUCGGAGAAUAAAGAUUUAAUGGUGAAAGGGAAAAUUGAAAAAAAAAAGAAAAGAUAAAGAAAAAAAAAAAAAAAAUAAGAAGAAGAAGAAGAAGAAGAAAAAAAGAAAAACAUACAAAAAAAAAAAAAGAAAGAAAUACAAUGGAUGCUCUAUUUUGAAGAGAGCUAUUUUCUCGACAAAUUUUUGUACAAAUUUUUGAAAAAAAUUGUUGCGUAUUGUACAAAACGCGUUGUGUAGUUUUACGCGGACGUAAUCGUCGUCGUCUUUGUCGUCGUCUUCGUCGUCGUCGUCAUCUUUAUUGUGGAUGAAAUCGGCAAUGUUUGCACACUGAAUUUCCUAUAUAAGAUCUCUUUCACUCUCUCUUUUGAAAUUAAUUCGAGAUUCACGCGAUAUAAAUCAAUUUUUUAUGAUAUUAUACACAAGAAGAUACACGAUAGAAAUAUAUUUAGCAUUUCGAUUUUUUGUUAAAUAAUGAAUUAAUCAAUGGGAGACUUGUUUAGGAAAUUUAGUAAGACCAAAGAUAAAAUAGAAAUCUAUUUAGCGCUUAGAAAUACGCGUUCUGCGCUUUCAUAUUUUCUUACGUAAUCAUAUAUACAUAUAUACAAAUAUAUAUAUAUACACACAGAUACAUACACACACUAACACACACGUACACAUAUAUAUAUGUAUAUAUAUAUAUUUUUACCAACAACAUUUUUGAUCUCUAUUCACAUUUUGUAACGCAUUAGAAAAGUACAAUUAAAAUUGCAGUCAUAAUGAUUUGUUUAAUAUUUAUAUAUUAAAAACAUCGUUAUACUUUAUAUAUAUAAAGUCUAUAUAUAUAUAUAUAUAUAUAUAUAUAUAUAUAUAUAUAUAUAUAGAAAGAUUGAUAUAUAGAAUUCAUUUGAUUUAAUUUGUGCAAUAUUUACGUAAUAUUUGGAAAAGAUAUAGAUUUUGCAAUAUAGUGAAUAGAGAAAUGUUGUAUGUAAAAAGAGAUACAUAAUCGAUGUUUAAUGUAAUAUUUUUUUUGGAGAUUGUAAGAAAAAAUUUUUCAUAGGAUCAAGAAACGAAAGUUUUGGGUUAGAUUUCAUCUUCGAUAAAUUGUAUUUAUCUAAUUAUUCUAAUUUAAUAUGUUUCUAAAUUAAUACGUUAUUUCAUACACGAUCCGUGUAUCAAAUCUGGAACAAUAGGUUGAAAGGUAUAAAUGGAUAUAUUUAAUUUUUUCUUACGAUAACUACAAAUAUAUAUAUAUAUAUAUAUAUAUAUAUAUAUAUAUAUAUUCGUAGAGUGAAAGAGGAGAAAGAGAUUAUAUACGCUUUGUAAAUCGGCCGUUUCAUUGGAAACGUAUAGAUAGAUAAAGUUUUUUAAGUGUGUAUCGUCGUACCAAUGGAGAAAGUAAGAAAAGAAAGAAGGAAGAAAGAAAUGAAGGAAAAAAAAAUAAAGAGGAAGAAGGGAAGGAAGAAGGAAAGGAAAGUAAAUGACGUGUCGAUCUAAAAAUAUCUUUGGAAAUUAUACCGGUAAUCAUGUAAAUAUUUACAAAAUCUAAAAAUCUUCGUUAUUUUCAAUUUGUCCCGGUAUCAUCUCCAAAUGUCCUAUUAGAAACUUAUUUCCUUAUAUUGUCCUAUUUUGAACCAAAUCGUAUAUGAUAUUAUUUAUUUAUUUAUUUAUUUAUUUAUUUAUUUAUUUAUUUAUUUAUUUAUUCUUAGAAAUGAGAACGGUAAGCUAAUGAAAAAGAUUGAACAAUAAGAGAUCAUACGAUUAGAAGAAAAGUGAAACAUAUAUGAUUAUUUCGGUCGUAACAAAAAAAAAAAAAAAAGAAAAAAAAAAAGAAAAAAUUCUUUUUUCUUUUUCCUCCUUUUAUCUUGUUUUUGUUAUUUUUUUUUUUUGUUCCUCUGAGAACGAGAGAGGAAAAGAGAGAGAGACAGAAAGAGAAAGAAAGACAAAGAAAGAAAGAAAGAAAGAAUACGCGUUUGAACAGUCGGGAACAAAGUACAAGAAGGUGGCGCGUCGUUGAUUAGGUGCGCGCGCAUUGUCACGUGACCGUCGGUUUUACGGUUGGCCGGCGCUGUCGGCGUUGCGCUUCGCCCCCGCCACGUUCAGUGGCUAGCGAGCAUCGGCUGCGAAAAGACGUACGUUUCGUUCGUCCCCUCCGCGCGACGAUCUCUCUUCCACCGCGGCUACCACGAGAGACUCUCCUCCUUUUAUUUUUUCCCUUCGGUCACCCUGACUAACACUCUCUCUCUCUCUUCCUUCAAACUUCUCACCAACGGUUUGAUUUUUUUCCACGGUCCUAUCACGUUGUCGUUUAUUUUCUAUCACAUUUUUUUUUUUUCCUUUCUUCUAUUAAUUUCCACUCGUCCCUUCCGUCAUCGCCCUUUUCUCGUAAACGGGCGCGGGCGCGCGCGCUCGUCCUGCUGUACUGUCUCUCUCUCUCUCUCUCUUUCAUCUUUUUCAUCUCUUUCCUUCUUUCCCUCCCUCCCUCCCUCCCUCCCUCCCUCCUACCCGUCCUUCUCUCCUUCCACCCAUCCUCCCUCAUUCUAUCUUUUUUUUCUCUCUCUCCCCUAUUCUUUUGGUUUAUCUAACGCGUGUGUUAUAUCUAUCCUCUGUGUGUAUAUAUCUCUCUCUGUGUAUGUGGUCAGUGUACGCGCGUGCAAGACAACAUAGCACGACUGUCACAAGCGUGCUGCUGCUCUUCUUCGCCCGUUCGUUCGUAUGUUCGUUCGGUCGGUCGGUCGGUCGGUCGGUGCGCUCGUUUUGUCGUGUAUCCUAUCAGCCACAGUAGCAGCAGCAGCAGCAGCAGCCGUCGUAAUCGUAGCCGUUGAAGAAUCAAAAUCGAACAUUGUCGAGAAUGUCCGGACGCGUCGUUUCACGUCUCUGAAUAUAUUUUUCUCCUAUUGUGUAUCGUAUACAUAAUAUAUAUAUAUAUAUACAUAUAUAUAUAUAGAUAUAUAUAUUGUAUAUAUAUGUGACGGUCUCUCUCCUCAUCUCUAUGUUUUCGUGUUCAAUGUGUAAGUAAGCACUCUCUUUCUCUUUUUCUCUGGCACCUACGGUGGUGCGUCGUUUAAACGACGACGAACGACAAGUUCGGAAGAUCCAACGACGAUCGCUUCGCACCCGAUUGGCGCGCGUGUUCUACGUGCAUGGAACAUAACCUCCAAAGUCAAGUGAAACAAAGAGAGAAAGAGAGAAAGAGAGUAAGAAAGAUAGAUAGUUAGAAAAAGAGAAACAGAGAAGUGAGAGAGAGAGAGAGUGAGUGAGUGGGUGAGUGAGUGAGUGAGAGAGAGAGAGAGAGAGAGAGAGAGAGAAGAGCGUAAAUGAUAAAAUAGCGAUGGGGUCGCGCUGAUUCUCUAACGGGAGAUUCUCAAACAAAAGAAAGUAACAGGAUAACGAAUGUUAUCGGAAAGAGGGAAAACACGGUUGAUCGUGUAUGAACGUCCGUGUUGAUAAAAGAGAAAGAAAGAAAGUAUAAAGAAGAAUAAGAAUAAGAAGAAGAAGGGAAAGAAAGAGAGAAGGAAGAGAGAGAGAGAGAGAGAGAGAGAGAAAGAGAAAGAAAGAGAAAUAAAACGAGAUAGAGACGAGACGAAAGAUGCGGGAGAAGGUUCCUUUGUGAGAGAGAACGUCCUUGCGAGGUGAGGCUCGCACCACGUGCUUCGUUAGAGUGGCGAAGAGGAGAAGGAG